AUGCCAAAGAGACCGAUUCGUGGAUUGGAAGGGCCACGUGUGAAUGUGAAAGACUUCAUGAACAACACGCAGAUUUACAUGAAUCUGGCCCAGUUGUGCGAUGUAUCUCCCGGAGUGCGAGCUGAAUUUGCCCAUCAAUUGUCAUUGGUGCCAGUGCCUAAGAAAAAGAAGCCUGCUAAACGCGCGAAACCUACAGUGGAGCCAGAUUCAGAUGUCGAGAUGCAAUCGGCUCAGCAAGCAGGAAGAGUGACUGGCAAAGGGAAGGGCAGAGCUGUGGCCCAAGUUCACAUGGUCACACCGCCGGCUCCAUCAUACCCCGAGCCUGGGACCGAGACUCAGGCUGGGGCCUUGAAGGAUGAAUGGUCCCCGAGCCAAUGUCCCGGAAACCGGAGUGUGGCGUCAAGGGGUCUGUAG